AUGACUGAAUACUCUCCAAAUGAUUUGGUGCAUGUCUCCCUGCCUCUCCCGCCACUGGCAUCUCCGGUUCCUCCGUUCCCCGGCGCGGAGCCAGACAUAAAGCAGAGGCGCGACUAUGUUGAAAGACUUCUCUCUCACAACUUUCCGAGAGAAAACAACAAAGAGGCAAGAAAGGUUUUGCACAAAUACGCCACAAUCAUCGCAGCCAAACUCCUCAUCAAUGGGGACAUAGAAACAACCACUGUCUCCCGCUUUGCAUGGAAAGUCGACAAGGUAUUCUGGGACCUUUGGCUCGCCGCAGUGCUCCCGCGCUCGAAGCCAGAUUGGCCAUGGCCGCAACCCCCCUCGCAAAAGAAUGGAGAGCCGCUUUCGACAGUGUUUGCCGCUCUGAGAGAAGAUCACCUUUACGACGGGUACCUGGACACCAACCGUGAGUAUUUCACUGAGGAACUAGAGUUCCAAGAGGUACAAGCUCAAAAUGAGUCUACGUCCAUCCAAGCCCCUGUUUGCGAUGACAUGCAUGAACCCCUGCCCAUUACACCCCCAACUCUGGAAAGCCGAAGAAUCGCUUGGGAGGCGCUCUACCCAGGGGUGGCUCCCAGAAAGAUAGACCGACCAUUCACACUGAUCCUCCCAGCCGAGUUCGAUUUCUGGACAUUUGUCUACGGCCCCGAUGGCCGCGACUUCAACAAGAUCCGAGAGCGCCUCAUGGAGGAGCGUGUUGACCUGACUUGGAACUAUGAGGAAAUAGGGCAUAGUAGCGAGUCUAUCCAGGGUAUGGAUGGAAGCGUACUCUUCGAGGCAUUCUGGCACCGCGAAUUCACCGAGACUCGAGUGACUACUCUGCGAAGCUACUUGGAGGACCUCUCAGAAACCCGAAAGGCACGAACAGUCAAGGGCGCUGCAACUCUCCCAGGAGGAUUCAAGGACGUCCUGGACGGGAUUAAAAAAGAGCGAAACGUCUGCAAGGAUCUGAUCACCAAAUUUCUCGACAAGAACAGCCCAGAGUUGACUACCAUCGUUUUCAUCAGCAACAGGGCUAUUAAAGGCAAGGAGGGCAACUGGCUUGGUAUCCCUGAGCGUAUCAACCUCGCUGGUGAUCUGUGGCGAGAGCGGGCUGAAACUCCUGAAGAGAAGUUGAAGAUCUCGGAGAUGAUCUUGGGGAUCAAGGAGCGUGCUAAGUCUGGUCUCUUGCGCGACUAUGGGCUUUUGAUGAUGUAG